UUAAUAAAAUGGUCUAAUUGACGAAUUAAGGGGGAAGAGAAAGGGUUUAGGUUUGCGCGCAACAACAGUACCAAAAUCUCACUGUUGCUAGUCCACAGCUUCCUUCGUCAUAGCCAUUGUCCUCUUCUUUCUCCGGGUCAGUUCGUCCGUUUUUGAAGAAGUAAUUGGAGCAAUUAGAUAUCAGAGUUGAGUAAAUGUGGUAUCUCUGUGUGUUCUAUCACCGUCUUUUGGAUUAUCGGAAGGCCGAGGUCGAGUCUCUGGCCGAGUUGUUUGGUGAAAAUGGCGACCACAAAGGGAAGAAGUUGGAAUGGAAGCUUCCUCUUCACCAUCACCCUGAUUCUCCUUUCCAUUUCGUCGACCUCUCUUCAGACGAUAUCGCUCGGAACAUCGCUAACCGAAGUAUACUAGUGAAGGGGAUGUAUGAACUCUGGGGUCAAGGAAGUGACUACGAGGAGCUAGAGGAGUCUAUUAGAAAUUUUCCGGAAGAACGGAAGUCGCCAUACUUACAACCUGGAAGCUCUUUCAAAAUUUCUGUAGAGAGCUUUGGGAAGGCUAUCAGCUUCCAGGAACAAAAUGAACGUAUUCAGGGGCUAGCGUACAUCCCUUUCAAGGGUCAAGUUAAUUUAAAAAGUCCAGAUCAUAAAUUUUGUCUUUUGGAAACUGCUGAUUACGGACUCAAUAAUGGACUUCCACCAAUUGCUCAAAGGAGAAUUUUUUUUGGCCCUGUCGGUGGUGCCGAUAGGAAGCUUAUACCAACAUAUCAAUUAAAAAGUCGCACUUAUCUUGGGCCAACUGCCAUGGAUGCUGAAAUGGCUUUCUUAAUGGCCAACCAAGCAUUAGCGACAUCUGGAAAACUUGUCUUUGAUCCUUUUGUUGGCACUGGGAGCAUUCUUGUUGGCGCAGCUCAUUUUGGAGCAAUGACAAUGGGGGCAGACAUUGACAUUAGGGUGGUACGUGAUGGUCGUGGCCCUGAUUGUAAUGUUUGGAGCAACUUCAAGCAGUAUGGAUUACCACCUCCAAUUGCACUGUUAAGAGCAGAUAAUAAUCUUCCUCCCUGGCGUCCAGGAUUGAAGGAGGGGGCAGACAUUGACAUUAGGGUGGUACGUGAUGGUUGUGGCCCUGAUUGUAAUGUUUGGAGCAACUUCAAGCAGUAUGGAUUACCACCUCCAAUUGCACUGUUAAGAGCAGAUAAUAAUCUUCCUCCCUGGCGUCCAGGAUUGAAGGAGGGGGCAGACAUUGACAUUAGGGUGGUACGUGAUGGUCGUGGCCCUGAUUGUAAUGUUUGGAGCAACUUCAAGCAGUAUGGAUUACCACCUCCAAUUGCACUGUUAAGAGCAGAUAAUAAUCUUCCUCCCUGGCGUCCAGGAUUGAAGGAGGGGGCAGACAUUGACAUUAGGGUGGUACGUGAUGGUUGUGGCCCUGAUUGUAAUGUUUGGAGCAACUUCAAGCAGUAUGGAUUACCACCUCCAAUUGCACUGUUAAGAGCAGAUAAUAAUCUUCCUCCCUGGCGUCCAGGAUUGAAGGAGGGGGCAGACAUUGACAUUAGGGUGGUACGUGAUGGUCGUGGCCCUGAUUGUAAUGUUUGGAGCAACUUCAAGCAGUAUGGAUUACCACCUCCAAUUGCACUGUUAAGAGCAGAUAAUAAUCUUCCUCCCUGGCGUCCAGGAUUGAAGGAGGGGGCAGACAUUGACAUUAGGGUGGUACGUGAUGGUUGUGGCCCUGAUUGUAAUGUUUGGAGCAACUUCAAGCAGUAUGGAUUACCACCUCCAAUUGCACUGUUAAGAGCAGAUAAUAAUCUUCCUCCCUGGCGUCCAGGAUUGAAGGAGGUACAGCAGCAAUAUUUGCACCAGUACUAUUUAUUUAUUUUUCGUGGUGCUGAAGUUUCACUACCCUUGUUAUAUACUGAUGGUCACUAAUUCCUGUGGAUACUGCUUAACAUCUUUUUACAGAUUUUCAUUUACUUUUUAUUUUUCUUAACAAGAACCUAAUUUUUUUGUUGAGUAAAUGUUUCAAUGAUUAAAUGAAAAGUGACUGAUGCCUAAAGAAAAAAUGUAAAGUCAUAUGGAAGUGAAUAAGGAACAUAAAUGAGAAAAAAAAAGUCAGAAGUAUUCCAAAAAAAAAAAAACUGAAAGAAUAAUCUUACAAAGAACUUGAGGCGCCAAUCAAAUUUGUAUCUUCAAAAACCAUAAGAGCUUAGAGAACAAAAAAAAAAAAA